AUGUACGCCGGCAGGAGGAGGAAGAGGCCGGUGCCCAAGAGGCCCAAACCACCCCCUCCCGAGGGUGUGAAGUCCAACCCCUCCAAGCGGCACCGGGACCGGCUGAACCAGGAGCUAAACAAGCUGACAGGGCUGCUGCCCUUCCCCGAGGAUGUGCGCUCCAGGCUGGAUAAACUCUCCGUCCUCCGGCUGGCCGUGGGCUACCUGAAGGUGAAGAGCUACCUGAUGGCUACAUCUCCAAAGGUCAGCAACUGCAUGGAUCAGCCCAGAGCCCCAGGAGGGGACAGAAGGACAGAGCCACAGGGUGACAGGGAGCUGUUUCCUGAGGGGGAGCUGCUGCUCCAGGCACUCAAUGGAUUUGUCAUCGCCGUGACUGGAGACGGUUACAUUUUCUACAUCUCCCCUACUGUGCAGGACUACCUGGGCUUCCACCAGUCAGAUCUCAUCUACCAGAGUGUGUAUGAGCUAAUCCAUGCGGACGACAGGGCCGCCUUCCAUCACCAGCUGCACAGGACCCCACUGCACGCUGCUGACACCUUUCCCUCUGAGCAGCCGCUGCUGGCUGGAUGCAGUAUCACAUCCCGCCCCCAGCACCUCCAUGCUGAGAAGCAAUCCUUUGUGGAGAGGAACUUCACCUGCCGCUUCCGCUGCCUGCUGGAUAACUCCUCAGGAUUCCUGGCCUUGAAUUUGCAUGGGCGCCUGAAGUUCCUUCUUGGGCAGCAAAAGUCAGCAGCAGACAAGUCCCCAGUUGCUCUCUUUGCCAUCGCCACACUCCUCCAGCCUCUCUCCAUUCUGGAGCUCCGGACCAAGACGCUGAUCUUUCAGACAAAGCACAAGCUGGACUUCACUCCCAUGGCCUGUGAUUCCCGGGGCAAGGUUGUUCUGGGAUACACGGAGGUGGAGCUGUGCAGGAGGGGUUCCGGGUACCAGUUUGUGCAUGCGGCUGACAUGAUGCACUGCGCAGAGCACCACGUGAGAAUGAUGAAGACGGGGGAGAGCGGGCUGACGGUGUUCCGGCUGCUGACCAAGAGGGGCAGCUGGCUGUGGGUGCAGGCCAACGCGCGGCUGGUGUACAAAGGGGACAGGCCUGACUGCAUCAUCGCCCGCCAGCGAGCCCUGUCGAAUGAAGAAGGGGAGGAACAUCUCCGGAAGAGAAAUGUGCAGCUGCCUUUCAGCUUUGCCACGGGGGAAGCAGUCUUGUAUGGGAAUGACCUUCCUGGGUUCUUGGACUCGUUCCAAACCAAGGCAGAGUUGCAGGUGCAAGCAAGCUCCAACUCAGAGCAGCACUUGGUAGACCCCAGCUCUCUCCUUGGGGCCAUGUUGAAGCAGGAUGCAUCCAUAUACAAUUCCAAUGCUGAUAACGUGCCUCAGUUCUCCCUGCCAGGCUUCAUCCCUGAGCCUGAUGGGCUGAGCCAGAAUGAGGACAUCAGCAGUGCCAAGGAGGACAGCAACUCCCUCCUGGUGGUCAUCGAAACCCUCUUUGAGAAGAGUGAGGUGGAUGUAAACAUCUGCCAGAGCCUUGGCGUGGACAGCACAGAGCUGCAGCAGUGGGAGGAGGCUCUGCUCAGCCUGGAGGCAGAGGAGGAGCUGCCAGCUCAGGGGCUCCAGAGGCCGGGCACCAAGGUGACAUCCUGUGUGGAGCAGAUGCUCCUCAGGGAGGCUGCUGGGAAGAACCUGGACUUCCCAUCCUGGCAUGAGGAAAACAGUGCUGUGGCUCACUUCCAGCGCUGCUGGGCAGCUGGUUCGGUGUUGCCAGCCCCAGCACAGCCCCGGGCAGCGGGCACACAGGGAGGCCAUGGGGCUGUGGGCUCUGUAGCCUCUGUUACCUCUGAGGGCAGCUCUGCCCAGCCAGAGCAGCAGGGCCCAUUUAACCCAGCCGGGCCGGUGGCAGGGACGGUGCUGGGCAUCCCUGUCUCUGGCAGCAAAUCCUCUGCAGCACUUCAGCUGGCAAGCCAAGCAUUUCAGGCAGAAGCUACCCCCUCUGCUGCUGUUGGUGGCACUGUUCCUACUGCUCAGAGCCAGCCUGUGUGCCAGCUGGUGGGCUCAAGCUGCCCACCCCCACUGCACUCAAACAAGUUGGUGACUCUGUGGCAAAAUGUCCCCCUCCAGGCAAACCCAGCCAGUUGCCCAUGGGAGGCUUGGCUGGCCAGAGCUCCAAAACAGCUGGAAGCUGCAGGAGCACAUGUGGAAUCCCAAACUCUGCCAGCUGGCAGCCCUGAGAGCCCCUUGGGGGCUGGGCUGUGGUUGCCACCCCUGUCCCAGUCUGUUCCUUGCUCUGCCCAGGGCUCGAAGGAGUCCCUGUUCCGCAGGGAUGGGAAGCUCUGUGAUGCGGAGGCUGCUCUCCCUGCACCCUUAGGAGUCAGGCAGUUGCCAGGGCAUGGCAGCUUCCCCAAACAGCCCCUGGCAGCCCAUGUAGAGCCCAGCUUUUCCUGGGAAGGGGAGCAGGCAGUGCUCCAAGAGGACAAGUGGUUCUCGCAGCUGUGGCUCCCGCAGGCUGGGGCAGCUUCUCAGAGGAGCCACGGGGAAGGUCCAGUGCACCCCAGCAGGCUCCUGCUGGGCCCCAGCACAGAUCCCAGUGCCCACCAGCUGGACUGCGUUGUGCUGCCUGAGUGCCAGUAUGGAAACAGCCUUUUUAGGCACAAGAGCAGCUUCCUGAGGGAUGCUGCUAAAGUGUCCUUUCCCCAGCAGCUGGGUGCUUUGCCUCGUCCCACUGAGAACCACCCUGGAGCACCCUGCUCCUCACCGGGCUCAGUUUCGAGGUCCUCAGCAGCUCUCCCUGUGAAGGUUGCAGGAGCACCCCUGUGUGCUGGGCAGGGCCCUGGCUGCCCCUCAGUUCCCUUCUCAGCUGGGCAGCCCCCCAUGCCUGUGAGAUCCAGCUCAAGGUGAAGUGCGAGAGCUGCAGGACCUGA